AUGAAAUGGCAGAGGCUUUUGGCUGCUGCUGCUGCUGCUGCUGCUGCUGCACGCCGUCAAUGUUUUCGCGCGCACGGUCCGCGCGCAAGCUGCGAUCUCGCGGGCGGCUUCGAGGCUUUGCGUGCCGCGAACACCAUUGAUACUAGUAAAACUCCAGCGGCGGCCUAUGCAGGGCGCAAGGUCUCGCUCCACGCCGAGGACGAUGCCACGCAAACGAUUGGACGAGUGCGGCUGGUCCCGCCUGUUUUGGUUGUGGUGUUGGCCGUCAAGUUUUUCUUCUUCACCUUGACACCUUUCCUGCUACGACCAGGCGAAGGAGUCGAGACAGGUCCGCAACCCUUGGACCGGGCGCGCCUUCGUUAG